AUGCUUUCGAACAUUAACCCCUUGGCCCGUGAGUAUAAGCAUAUGGCGCAGGUAGAACGUGAAGAAGAGCAGAGAGCAAGAGAAGAAAAUCGAGGACGGCAUCAGGUUAGCAUGCUACUUUUUAACAGCGUUAGUGACCGACGUUAUAACUUGCCAAACUGCUCCGAAAUUGCGGCGGUUUUUACAACGGAAGAUGGUGAGCCACCUGCAAGUCGAAAUUUGCGAAUAUUUCCGCGUAACUCUGACAUGCGGAACUUAUCAUUUGUGUCAACGCUACACAGAUUAUGUGAUCCUUUAGUUUAUCCCCUUUUGUUUCCAUAUGGCGAGCCUGGAUAUGAUGAAACUCUCCUGCAUGAACAAGAUCAACGAACGGAGCAUAGAUUUAAAUUAACACAACUGCAGUUUGUUUCUUAUCGCAUGGCGAUUAGAGAAGGUUUUAGUUUGCUUCGUGUCUCAGGUAAACUUUGGCAACAGUAUUUGGUUGACCAAUACGUCAGAAUUGAAGGAGCACGUCUGGCCUUUCUGUGCACCCAUCAGAAAGAACUACGUGUUGAAACAUAUGCUGGUUUGCAUGAUUAUUUAAUACGUAGAUCCAAUAUUGAAAAUGUGCGUCCUGGCCGUAUAGUUGUUCUGCCUUCAAGUUUUGUUGGCUCCCCUCGCAACAUGAACAUGAAUUACCAAGAUGUCAUGGCUAUUGUGAGAAAACAUGGAAAACCGUCUCUUUUCAUAACGUUCACAUGUAAUCCCAAAUGGCCAGAAGUCGUUCAAAAUAUAGAAAUAUACCAAGGAUCGGAAAUGCGUCCAGAGCUGAUAGCCCGUAUUUUUAAACAGAAACUCAAAGAGCUUAUGAAAGAUAUUUCACAAAAGCAUGUGUUUGGGAAAGUAAAAUACUACCUAUAUAUCAUUGAAUUUCAGAAGAGGGGUUUACCUCAUGCCCACAUAUUGGUAGCCCUUCAUGAGGAGGAUGUUAUUCGUGAGCCUUCUGAAAUUGACCUGGUUGUUUGCGCUGAGAUUCAUAAUAAGGAGACAGAGCUUGAGUUGUAUGAAAUUGUGUCGAAAUGUAUGAUUCAUGGCCCGUGCGGCAUACUUAAUCCAUCAUCGCCCUGCAUGACUGCUGAUACUGGAAUUUGCUCAAAAAAGUAUCCCAAAUCUUUUCAAAUUAAUACGCUUUCAAAUAUAAACGGCUAUCCCCAAUAUCGUCGCCGCAAUGAUGGAAAUAAAAUAGUUGUUCGUGUCAGUCAAAAUUCAGUUGAAUUAGACAACCGAUGGGUAGUCCCCUACAACAAAUAUCUGACCAAAAAAUACAAUGCUCAUAUUAAUGUAGAAAUAUGUUCAUCUAUAAAGAGCGUAAAAUAUCUUCACAAAUAUAUUUACAAAGGCUAUGAUUGCGCAACCGUUCAAAUUAUCGAACAACAAAUUGAUCACUUCGGUUUACCUGCAGAUGAUCUUGCCACUGAAAACUUAGAGAUAGAGAACUUUAACAUACACGAUGAAGUACUAUGCGGCCAAGUACUCAAGGAACAGCUUAAUCCCGAGCAAAAGUAUAUUUUCGACCAAAUAAUCCUUGCAAUUUCCACUAGCAAUGAAGUCAUAAAGGCUUUCUUUAUUGAUGGUCCUGGCGGCUCCGGCCAGUAUAAUCCACCAUAUUCGUAG